AUGGCGGUUAAUUCCUUUGCGCGUAUGGCCAAGGGCCAGGUCCGGUGCUACUCCGCACCCUUGGAUAUGGCCAUUCCUGCCUCUAAGCAGCGCUAUAUCCCUACUUCCGGCACAUACCCCCAGGGAUUCCUGGUCUCCGGCACCCAUGUCGGAGUCAAGGCUUCAAACACUCGUUUCCCAGACCUUGCUCUUAUCUCUUCUGAGACGCCAUGUUCCGCCGCCGCAGUCUUCACCACCAACAAGUUCCAGGCAGCGCCGGUCCAGGUGAGCCGCGCGACCCUGAAGAGUCGCAAGGGACAGGGUAUCCGGUCUGUUGUGAUCAACUCUGGAUGUGCCAAUGCUGUGACUGGGAAGGGCGGAUUGGAUGAUGCCGUCCAGAUGGGCCACAAGGUAGAUGAAUGCAGCGGAGUUGAGAAGGAUAGCUCGCUGGUGAUGAGCACUGGUGUAAUCGGACAGCGGCUACCCAUUAGCAAGAUCAUCGACCGUAUCCCCACCGCAUACGCCAGCCUCGACUCAUCCCACGAUGCCUGGCUCAGGACCGCCCGCGCCAUCUGCACCACAGAUACAUUCCCCAAACUCUUGUCUCGUACCUUUACACUGCCUUCCUCUCCAGGCCGCACCUACUGCCUCGCCGGCAUGACCAAGGGAGCCGGUAUGAUCCACCCGAACAUGGCCACCCUGCUGGGCGUUCUGUGCACCGAUGCUGCUGUCGAGCCUGCCGCCCUGCAAUCGAUCCUGAAGCACUCCAUCUCCCGGUCUUUCAACUCCAUCUCUAUCGAUGGCGAUACCAGCACCAACGAUACCAUCGCAAUCCUCGCCAAUGGCGCCGCUGGCGGCGAGACCGUGCGCGCCCCAGGUUCUGCCGAGCCCAGUGCCGACUACCAGACGCUGCAGAGCGUGGUGACCGACUUCGCGCAGCAAUUGUCUCAGCUUGUUGUCCGCGAUGGCGAGGGUGCGACCAAGUUUGUGACUGUGCGCGUACGCAACUCACCUGACUAUGAGUCCGCGCGCCAGAUUGCUUCUACUAUCGCCCGUUCACCAUUGGUCAAGACCGCACUCUACGGUCGCGAUGCUAACUGGGGCCGGAUUCUCUGCGCUGUCGGAUACUCCCAGGGUGUGCGUGAUGGCACUGUUGUGCCGGAGCGCACCUCGGUGAGCUUCCGUCCUGUGGAUGGUAGUCCGAUUCUGAAGCUCUUGGUCAAUGGCGAGCCUGAGGCUGUUGAUGAAGACCGUGCCAGUGCGAUCCUCCAGAAUGAGGAUCUAGAGAUCGAGGUUGAUCUCGGUGGUGGCGAGCAGGGUGCUGCUGGAUGUGGUGGAGAGGAUGCUGUCUAUUGGUUCUGUGACUUCAGCCACGAGUAUGUGACGAUCAACGGCGACUACCGUACCUAA